GUUGACAUCAGUCCGGGAGAGCUCAAUCAGCCCAUUGAAGUUCCUCAGGGUUUGUCGGAUUUUAAGGACGACGACUCUGAUCACUUAUCCCUAAAGUGGUAUGGAGCUAUGGACAUUGCUUGAUGCGAAUAUGCUCACGUGUGGGCUAAAGAACCCUUUGUUUAGAGGAAAUCUAAUCAACCGCUUUUAAUCACUUGUAUAAGUUCCGGGACUUCUAAAAAGAUUGUUGUAGUAUUUUAUCAAGAUCUGGGCGUUAUAUAGCAGUCCCUAGGUGUUCCCUUCACCCUUCUUGCACAGUUAUUAGGGGAACAUGGAUGCAAGCAUGCACGUUAAAUGUUCGCAAGUGCAAUGAAUGUGGGCAGCCUUUACCUGAGAGCUUUGAGCCUCCUGCUGUUGAACCUUGGUCAACUGGGAUAUUUGGUUGUGCUGAAGAUACAGAAAGCUGCUGGACAGGACUUUUUUGUCCAUGUGUUCUGUUUGGGCGCAAUUAUGAAACCUUAAGAGAUGACUAUGCUUCUGCAACCACUCCAUGUGUUCUUCAUGCAAUCUUCAUUGAGGGUGGCCUCGCAGUUGCUGCAACAACAGCAGCAUUGCAUGGGAUUAUUGACCCGAGGACAUCAUUCCUCAUCUGUGAGGGAUUGUUGUUCAGUUGGUGGAUGUGUGGUAUAUACACCGGCAUUGUUCGACAAAUGUUACAGAAGAAAUACCAUCUCAAGAACUCACCUUGUGACCCAUGUUUGGUGCACUGCUGCAUGCAUUGGUGUGCUUUAUGCCAAGAACACAGGGAGAUGAAGGGACGACUAUCUGAUAACUUUGUGAUGCCAAUGACCCUUGUGAACGCCCCACCUGUUCAACAGAUGAACUCUGACCAAGAUUCAACAUCUGCUGCUGCUGCUGCUGCUGCAACAUCAUCAUCCUCUGCGAAUGGCCAUGACCAUCAUACCAACUUAGAGAUGCAAGCCCUAUGAUACCACCAUUCAACCUACAUUAAUAUCAAGUUGCUUCUACACACAUGACAUAAUUGGAUUGGUUGUUUAUGUUCUUAUGAUUGUUGUUUGAUAGGAGGGAACUUAAACUUCAUUUGCCGUCUUAGCAGCAGCAUCUUCAACUUUUGGUUAAUGAUUGUCACUAGAAGAGUUAAUGGAACCAUUUCUGCUUCAUAGCCUUGGGAUGAAUCAUAUUGAUCGAGGCCAUGGGUAAAUCUGUGUUUUAUGGGUUGCGAAAUGAGAGCAUCCACAGAUGGAGCUUUUUGG